AGUCGACUAGAUCUCCGCUAUCUCAUCUCUCGCAUCGAUACGACCGACCCGCGCGCCACUUUUCCACAAGAAAAUCCGUUGAAACGCGCGCGUCCCUUCAUUUUCCCCAUCGGGUUUUAACGAUGCUGUGAGCGGAAAAAAUCGAGAAAAAAUUACUAACCAAUCGAUGGUGUAGUGCCGUAGUUCGUAGUAGGCGAAUUCGACGGGAUUCUUAGCGAUGGGUGCGAAGGGGAGCGUCGAGGCGGCGAAGAUUAACGCCGAAAGCUGGAAUAGUUUUGAGCACAAACAUAAGUCCGGCCAUCAGCGCUCGCAGUCUUUGAACCGCGGCAGUAGCAGGGGAGGCCAGUGGGGCUCUAGGGGAGCUGACGGGGGCACGGACAUGUGGUGACAGCAGCGCCAGUGCCAGUGCCCCGCUGCAGCGAUGGGCAACAAACUUAGUUGCUCCUGCGGCCCGCUCAUACGCAAGGCGUACCGAUAUGACGAUUCUCCUUGGCAAACUUCCAGAAGGAGAGACGGGCACCUAUUAAGGCUAUGGGCUGAAGUGUUUCAUGUAUCAGCAAGCGGGGCGGGCACAGUUAAGUGGCAACAGGUCAGUGAGGAUCUGGUGCCUGUUAACAUCACUUGCAUCCAGGAUUCUCCAGAAUGUGUGUUCCACAUCACGGCCUACAAUUCGCAAGUGGACAAAAUCUUAGAUGUUCGAUUAGUCCAACCAGGUACAAGAAUUGGCCAAGCCUCAGACUGUUUUAUUUACUGGAAAGAUCCGAUGACCAACGAUACCUGGGGCUUAAAUUUUACCUCCGCCAUCGAAGCCAAACAAUUCAGAGAUUGCGUUUCUGAUAUGUUACAGUCGCCGUCUUUUAAAUUCUCGAGGAAGGCUUCGUCUUCUUACUCCCUGAAGCUCGAACCACUCAAUAAGAAGCAAUUUAAAACCAAGCGUAAACCACUCAGCACCCCAGCUUCACCAAGCAGAGCAAGAGAACCUCAAUGUACUUGCAUGACAGCCGAACAAUACGCCAGAUUGAGAGCCCAAGAUCCCAGAUAUCGUGGUUCAUCAACCCUUCCACGAGCUCAAACUAGAGCAACAGAUACCGAAACAAGAACCGAUAAAGUCACAGCAGCAACAUCAUCGACAAGUCUUUACGACAACGUUGGUCAAACUCAAGUUACAUCAUCGGCAACUCAAGAAACAAAAUCAACCCAAAGAGAACAAACCACUCAACGUCAAACAAGAGACAGAGCGACUCAACAGCAAUCCCAAGAAACUAGCACCAUGACUACGAAUACAGCAACAGGUCCAAAAACGGUUACUGCAAGCGUAGGCACUCAAAAUAAUAUAUCAUCCCAAGUAAGCCAAACGGAAACUCAAAGUCAAACUCAAACGACGGAAUCUUCAAAGUCCGAAGGAACUCAAGCUGGUGGUAGCCUCCAAUCGUCAACGAAAAAUACCUCGACUUCAACGAGAGCUCCAUCAUUACGGGAUCACCACAUAUUAACAAAUACUAAAUCUGUUGAUUAUUCUGAUAUUGAUAUGGUUAGAGAUGCUGAAUUAAGAGCUGUUCAUCACCAUAAUAUGUUAAAUGCUGGAAUAGGAAGUAGGAGGAGCAAAUCGAAGAGUACGGAAGAUAUGAAUAGGGAAAAUGGAAUGAGUUUGGAUAGCAAUACAUUAAAAAGGAUGCUAAAACCAAUGCCGAGCGUUGAAAGUCCUGUUACAUCGCCCGAAAUGGGAAGAAGACGAUACAAUUAUUAUAACACUCAUCACCACAGGCACGGAAAUGGAAGAUUAUCCGAACCGGAAAACGCACCGCAUCCCCAUCCACGAUCAGCGAUGGCUCAAAACUCAAGAUUUUCAGGUUCUAGAUCAUCACAUGAAAUUGGAAGAGGAUAUCCUGGGAGAGGACUUUAUUUGGAACUUGAAAGAGGAGCUUGUGGUGAUUUAUCACCUCCUUCUGACAACGUACUUUUUGAUAAUCAAUGUUAUGCAACCACCCCUAGUUCUAGUAAUGGUAAUUCUGAUCCAGAACAAACUUCGCAUUAUCAUGGACGACAAAGACAUCAUUUACAUCAUCAAAAUUCUAAUAUAACACCAACCCCAGGAUCUCCAACCAGUAGACUUCUUUUGGAAUACGAGAUGCAUUUACGAAAUACUUUGGCGAAAGGCAUGGACGCUGAAAGUUAUAGUUUACACACCUUCGAAGCUUUGUUAACUCAAAGCAUGGAAAAUUUAGAAUUUGCUGAAAGCUUACCUGGUUCAAAUCAACGUAGUCCAUACCCAACAAGGAGAAUUAAUAAAUAUUUUUUAGGACCAGCAUCCAGCGCUUCAAUCAACAAAUCCUCCACCCUCCCUCAUAGACUGAGUAGUUCUAGAGAUAAAGAUAUAAGAGAUCGUGAUAGAGACGGGUAUUACAGCGACAGAAACGAAUUAAUUAGAGAACGCGAAAAAGAAAGGGGAUAUUUGAGUGACCACAACUCAAGUUUCAGUUCGAGAUGUGCUUCUUGUAUCGGGGAAUCGAGCAGGGCUCAAUGGUUUCGACAUUCAGAUGGAUGGAGAUCUGGUAGUUCCAAUUACAGCUCGGUUCAAGGGGUUCCUCCGGGACAUAAAAGAUCUCCUUGGGAUUCUCUACCAUCGUUGAGACAAGAUAGUAGCAUGAAUGAUAGUGGUUAUAAGAGUAAUAGGACUGAUUCUUUCGAACAAAGAAACAUUUUCGAUCGUCAGGACAGCUUAAAAUCGGACUACAUGAGCGACAGGGAAUCAACGCGUUACGGAAUCGUUCAACAGGCGUCAAUAGAAAGUGCAGAUUCCAGAUUGUGCUAUCUCACAUCUUCUGAGAUUUCGGAUGAUGACCGCAUGUCUUUGACUACGGCCAUCUCUGAUGAAGAUGAUGGUGAAAGCGUCAUGAACUCGCCUUACAAGGCUAAACAAACUGGUACUGCGGCGGCUUCUUUUAAUUGUACCGGAGCUGUACGAAAAGCAGGAUUUUUGAGUGUUAAGAAAUGGUUAUUGAGAAAGAAGCAUCAAAUAGAGUUAGCGAGGAAACGUGGAUGGAAAGGCUACUGGGUGUGCUUGAAAGGAACGACGCUCCUCUUUUACCCUUGCGAUUCGAGGGAGGGUCGAUCGGUAGAAGCAGCCCCAAAACAUCUCAUUAUCGUGGACGGUGCCAUAAUGCAACCCAUUCCCGAGCACCCGAAGAGAGAUUACAUAUUUUGCCUGAGCACGGCCUUCGGUGACGCCUAUCUCUUCCAAGCACCUUGCCAGGUCGAACUCGAGAAUUGGGUGAACAGCAUUCACAGUGCCUGUGCCGCGGCGUUUGCAAGACAUCGAGGCAAAACGGGUACUCUACAUCUUUUGCAAGAGGAAAUAUUCCGAUUGGAAAAGGCUAUCGAGACGGAUUACAAAUUAAAACAUAUGGCAGAGAUGCAGCAAUCUGUCGUUGGAGAUUCUGAUGCAAGACAACAAAUAGCCGGUCAAGUAGUACAAUGGGAGGAAAAUUUAGAAAGGUUACACUGCGAACAAUUCAGACUGCGUUGUUACAUGGCUAGUUUACAAAGUGGCGAAUUACCGAAUCCUAAGUCUCUUUUAACUCAUGUGUCAAGAGCAACGAAAAAUACGUUGAAUAAGUUGGGUGUAUUCACCGUUUCAUCAUUCCACGCGUUUAUCUGCGCAAGAAGUCCCUCUUUAUUGAACAAUCUCCUAGCAGGAAGAGGGGCAACGAAAAGAAGACCUCCUAUGUUGUCCAGAUCGAACAGCGGCUCGAGCCGCAGGUCGCUGCAGAUGAACUCAAGGGAGGAGUCCGAGAAGACCGUCAAAGUGGCUCUUCCAGAUAAUGCAACUGCCACCGUUUACGUUAGAGAAGCAAUGUCAGUCGAAGAAUUUUUGACAAGCGCAUGUUCAAGAAAAAGUCUUAACCCAACCGAACAUUUCAUCCGAGUUAAAAAACGAAGAGAUAUGGAGGAUCAUAACUAUUUCGUACCUCAUAGAAGCGAUCUAAUUGAAACAUAUCUUCACACCCACGAAAUCGUUGAAGUUUGUGCCAAAAUCCUUUAUCAAGUUGAACUUUCAAGAAACACUCUUGAACAAAUGUGGGGUUUCAGCGUCGAAGCGGAAUUAGUGGAGAAUGCGGACAGACAAGAUGAACUUUGUUGUUACGUUAGUCGUGUUGAAGAUAAAAGCGUAGCGAUGCAAAACGGAAUCAUUAAAGGUGAUGAAAUAAUGGUUAUAAACGGUGCCAUAGUCUCCGAUUUAGACAUGAUGUACUUAGAAAGUGUUCUACAAGAAGAACUAGCACUGUGCAUGAUGAUGAGAUCGUCAAGAACGGAACCACCAGAUUUGGCGGGAAUUUUAAGAGCAACUGAUGAUAUAAUCGAUAGUUUAGUUUGUCCACCUCCUCCAUCGGAACCUCCCGUUAUAAGCGAAGAAAUGAUAUCAGGCUUGAUUGUUCCGGCACCUGGUAAAGAUAGAUACAGCGUUGAACCUGAAAAUCCGAUCACUUCAACAGCUGAUGUUUUGUCGUUGGCUAAAGUUUCUUCAAGAACAAAUUCAUUUGAAAUUGAAAAUUUAUUAAAGACUGCCGAACAAGUGACUGGAUUUUGUAGGUCUCCCGUAGAGACUCGAAAGUCUAGCCCGACCGGAAGUGUUAUUAGUAACACUUCGCAAGCGUUGUUGACCCCAUCUCGUCAACUAAGUGAUGCCGAAAAGUUGCGAAAAGUCGUUCUCGAGUUGGUGGAUACUGAAAGAACUUACGUGAAGCACCUUAAUAAUUUAUUAGAAAACUAUUUAGAGCCAUUGAAAAAAGAAACUUUCUUAUCCAACGCUGAAAUUAACGCUCUAUUCGGUAACAUACAAGAAAUCGUUGCUUUUCAACGACAAUUCUUGCAAAACUUGGAGGAAGCUUUGGAGUUAGAACCCGAUUUUCACAAAUUCGAAUUUCCCGGGCAAUUUAAAAACGUUCUUUUCUCCGUUGGAAGCGCCUUUUUGUACUACGUUAAUCAUUUUAAAUUGUACAGUUCUUUCUGUGCCAGUCAUAGUAAAGCUCAAAAAGUGUUGCAUCCAAAUGAAGGAAAUCAAGCACUGCAAGAAUUUUUGGCUGCCAGAAAUCCACGUCAACAACAUUCCUCCACUUUAGAAUCAUACCUUAUUAAACCUAUUCAAAGAAUAUUGAAAUAUCCAUUGUUGUUGCAACAAUUGAGAAAUUUGACUGAUUCAAAUUGUGACGAACAUAUGCAUUUAGUUGAGGCCUUAAAAGGAAUGGAAAAAGUUGCUGAACACAUUAAUGAGAUGCAAAGGAUCCAUGAAGAAUACGGAGCAAUAUUCGAUCAUCUUUUUAGACAGCAUCAAAAAUCAUGCAAACAAGUACAUCCAAUCGAUUUAAGUCCCGGGGAUCUUUUAUAUUACGGAGGUGUUGAAUGGUUAAACAUAUCCGAUUUCUUAGGAAAAAUCAAAAAAGGUCUUGAAUUACACGCGAUGUGUUUCGUUUUUAAAUCGGCAGUCGUCUUCCUUUGCAAAGAAAGGCUCCGCCAAAAGAAAAAACUAAUGGGCGUAUCCAGUAAAAGCAGCGCUUCGGAAGUUGAAAUAAUAAGAUACCAAGUACUUAUCCCAGUAACUGAAGUACAAGUUCGAGCUUCAUCCGCUAAAGACAUGGAUUCUCACUUCCUUUGGGAAUUGAUCCAUUUGAGAAGCCAACUACAAAGAAGAUCUGAAAAAGUUUACGUCCUUUCAAAUAGCACGGCUGAUUUUAGGAACGCAUUUUUGAAAACGAUUCGACAAAUCAUUAGAGAAUCGGUUAGAAAUAUGUCAAUACCCGCCACAAAACCUGGCGGAGGUCCCGGUAUUUUAUUAGUUACCGGCCAUAAAGUAGAAGGAAUGAAUAGCCAAACUUUAGAAAGGCCCGCACCUAAACCCAUAAUAAUACAAGGAUCUCAUACUUUAGGAAAAACCAAAAAAUCGAAAUCUAAUCAAAGACAUUCAGCUGGAAAUAUCGAUUACGAUAAUAUUAGUCAGGAACACGAUGAUGUUCCUACUACAUUUAGAUCUAGAAGUAAAACUUUAGGAGACGCCGCAGAUGCUCCGAAAAGACACGAACCUGAAAAACCAGAUCCCGGAAUUAAGUCUGAAGGUGAAGAGGACUCCCAAACUGGCCAAGUCGUUCCUAAGACAAAAUCUGGGUUGGGAAAAACACCAAAUCAUUUAACUUUAAGUACGACAUCAACCUUAUCUGCUGGAAGUACCGGUAGUCAAGCAAGAUUAAUCCAAGCAUCGAACCAACCGGAGAAUUACCACCCAAUCCAAGUGGAGGAAUUAGGGUCACCUGUGUGGAAACCAAGAGACAGUAGUUUAGAGGCAUCUUCUACCUUCCCGCGCAAGGCUAGGGACACAGGCUUAAGUUCGUCCCGAUUUUCCGUUCAGUUCAGUUUGGUCGUUUAGUACAUUUGUGUAGGAAGUAAGGAAUAAAAAAAGUAAAAAAAAUACUGGUUUUCUUGUAUGUCUGUAUGUAUGUCAUACCGCGUAUGGUGGAACUACGGAAUGGAAAAAUUUAAAAUAAACACAUAUGAAAGUAUA